GUUCCCUACUGGAGCUUCGAUGACAUUGCGGAGACUUUUGGACUAGUGGGACUUGCUUCAGUCGCUAUGCUUAGCCUAACGUUACCACAGUGGUCAGUCAGUGGGUUAUUCGGCUGGUUGAACAUGUUGAUGGUACCGGGUAUAAACAGGAUAUUGUCUCACUAGAUACGUCGAUUUAGCUACAAAGGGUCCUUUUUGUGGGCAGCACUCUUUCUCCCUCCUCCUGGUUUUUUUGUUUUGAUUUUUUGGGUCUAAUUUUGGUGAAGAGAAAGAAACUUUGCCGUAAUAGAGCUGCAACUUGUUUUUUUUGAUGGUCUGGGGUCAGUCUGUACCCACCGACGGACACAAGCCUUUUGAGUCUAAGGGAUCACUGGCGGAAACAUGAGCACAGCCAGGCCCAGUGGGAUCAAAGGGCCCAGCAAGAUAGCUAGGCCACCUGGGACAGCGGCCCCCAAGACCAACCCCAGCACAGCAGGAGUUAAAGCUGCCGCGGCCGACAAAUCAGCCGCAAGUGCUAGUGGAGGAGAUGCUGGGGAGAGUGCUGGGGAGAACUUUCAGAUUGGGGAGCGAGUAUGGGUAAAUGGGAAUAAGCCAGGCUACAUACAGUUUUUGGGAGAGGCACAGUUUGCUCCCGGCCAGUGGGCAGGGAUUGUUCUGGAUGAGCCAAUUGGGAAGAAUGAUGGGUCAGUGGCAGGGGUGCGCUACUUCCAGUGUGAAGCCCUGCGAGGAAUUUUUACCCGCCCAUCCAAGUUGUCCCGAACAGAGGGCGAGGCUAAUGGAACUGAGACAGCACCCCCCUCCCGUGCUGCAUCACCCACUCCUUCAGUUAGCAGCGUAUCCUCGCACACACCUGCCCCAAAAUCAACAUCACCUACCACUGCAACCAAGAAGGCCUCCUCCACUACACCAGCUACGCCAGCCACACCAUCCUCCAACCUCCCAAGCACAAACAGUGAAUCUGUUUCCAACCUCUCAGAGACUGGAUCUGUCAAAAAGGGGGAAAGAGAGCUGAAGAUGGGUGACAGAGUAUUGGUUGGCGGUACAAAGGCAGGAGUGGUACGUUUCCUUGGAGAAACAGAUUUUGCCAAAGGCGAGUGGUGUGGUGUGGAAUUGGAUGAGCCCUUAGGAAAGAAUGAUGGGGCAGUGGCGGGCACAAGAUAUUUUCAGUGCCAACCCAAGUAUGGUUUAUUUGCUCCAGUGCACAAAGUCACACGCAUUGGCUUCCCUUCCACCACGCCAGCCAAAGCAAAAACAACGGUUCGGAAAGUGGUGGCCACACCAUCAGGGCUGAAGCGAAGCCCUAGUGCGUCCUCCAUCAGUACCAUGAGCUCUGUGGCAUCCUCUGUCAGCGCCAAGCCCAGCCGCACAGGCCUGCUAACAGAGACAUCAUCACGGUAUAAUCGUAAGAUUUCAGGCACCACAGCCUUGCAGGAGGCCCUAAAGGAGAAGCAGCAGCACAUUGAGCAGCUAAUGGCUGAGAGGGACAUGGAGAGAGCUGAAGUUGCCAAGGCCACUGGCCAUGUUGGAGAGAUGGAGCAAGAAAUUGGCCUGCUGAGGGGUGAUCAGGAGCAGAUGGAGGCCAAGAUGGAUCAGUUACGUGCCUUGGUAGAAGCUGCAGACAAAGACAAAGUGGAGCUGCUGAAUCAGCUGGAGGAGGAGCGUAGGAAGGUGGAGGACCUUCAGUUCCGUGUAGAGGAAGCUUGCAUUACCAAAGGAGACCUAGAGACGCAGACCAGACUGGAGCAUGCCCACAUUAAGGAGCUUGAACAGAGCCUACUCUUUGAAAAGACCAAAGCUGAGAAACUCCAAAGAGAGUUAGAAGACACUAGGGUUGCUACUGUGUCGGAAAGAUCUCGUAUUAUGGACCUUGAGAGGGACCUUUCGCUGCGAACAAGAGAGGUUGCAGACCUGCAGCUGCGUCUUGGAACCCAACAGGGCUCUGAGGACUCAACCUCUACUGUUUCUCCCCUUAUGGAUGAAAUAAACUCUCUGAGAGAUCAGUUGGCUUCCCAAGAAGCUAAGCAGAAAGAAGAGCUGAAAAAGUACAAGGAGAAGCUAGAAGCUCAAGAAAAGACCCAUAGUGAGGCAGCUGCCCAGGUUCAAGCUACAUCUGUAAGGCUCUCUGGUGACAACGAGCAGUUGCAGAUGCGCUUAAGCCAUGCUGAGAAAGAGAAUGCUGACAUUAUUGAACUGUGGCGUUCCAAGUUGGAGUCUGCCAUUGCCUCUCACCAUCAAGCCAUGGAGGAGCUAAAGGUGUCCUUCAGCAAAGGCUCAGGUGCCCAGACAGAACAACUUAUCGAAACCAAAGGUGCUCUAGAGAAGCUGAACGUAGAACACAAGUUGGCUCUCGAGGAGGCUGGAGCUAAACAUGAGGCUGAUGCUGCAGCUUGGAUUCAGGAGAAGCAGGCACUGAAGGCACAGCUUUUGUCUUUGAUUGAGGACAAGGAGCGACUGGAGGAGUCCCUACGGUCCAGUGUUGAAAGAGUAGAGGAGCAGCACCUUGUGGAGAUGGAGGAUGUUCUCGGAAAACUUCAUGCUGCUGAACUUAGGGUGAAGGAGCUUGAGGAGAAAGAAGGGAUUUUGGCACAACAGGCCCAAGACAGGGACCGACAAACCAAAGAACAGAUGUCAGAAAUUGUGGCUCUACGCAGCCAAGUAGCACAAAGUAACCAGGAGCUUGUGACCCUGAACGGUCGAUUAGAGAUGGUUCAGAACCAAGGGAACAACCAGGGUGCUAUGGUUAGUGAAUUGAGCUCACGGUUGGAGGGCCGACAGCAGGAAGUCCUCUCUUUACAGCAGAGUCUGACGACUGUACAGCAGGAGAAGGACGUCCUGGAACAAGAGCUUGGAGGCCUGAAACAAAGGUUAGCUGAAAGCACAGAGGAGCGGACUAAAUCAUCAAACACUAUGCAAGAAACACUUGAGAAGCUCCGCAACAAAGAAGAGCAUUGCACGUCUCUGACCACAGAAUCAGAGUCUCUAAGAAGUCAACUUUCCGUGCUAGAGAGAAAGCUGAAGGCUGCAGAUGAAAAGCUUGAUCAGCUUUCAAAGGACAAAUACAAGCUGGAAAAUGAUAUUUCAGACAUGAUGAAGACAUCUGGUGAUAGUUCAGUACAGCUGACCAAAAUGAAUGAAGAUCUCAUACAGAAAGAAAGGAGGCUUGAAGAGUUACAGAGUCAACUAUCGGAGGAGAAGGAGAAGGUGGUGCACUCGAAUGAACAACUCCAGCAGGAACAGUCGCGCAGAGAGCAGGAACUGAAAGAGACCAGAGAUACACAUCAAUCUCAAAUAAGUAGCCUUCAGGACAAGAUCGCCAACUUGGAGAAGACUGUUAAACAGGGUGAGACUCUGGUUGAGGAGCUCAAGGCCUCACAGGAGAAAUCCUUGUCUCAGGCGUCAGAGGUCCAUGUGAAGGAACUUGAGGUUCUGCAAUGUCAGGUUGACAAGUGGAAGCAGGAGCUCUCCUCCUCCACGGACAAAACCCAGGAGCUGGAGAAGUUAGUAUCUGAGCUGCAGCCAUACAAGGAACAGGUUCAGUGUCUUUCUGCUGAGCUUGACUCCUACAAGCAUGAUGUUGAACAUUUGUCCAAAAAACUGGAAAGGCUGAGUCUAGAUCUGGAAAAUAUGAGUAAGGAAAGUGAGACUGUAAAGACUGAGAAAAGCAAACUGGAGAAACGGCUUUCAGAUGUGCAGACUAAACUCUCUGCCCUUGAGAUUAGUCACCAAGAGCUUUUAGUCCAGAAUGAAGAACUGCUAAUAACCAGAGAUAAGCUUUCAAAACAUCAAGAGGACCUACUUGCCAACAACAAGUGUGCCGAUGAAGAAAGGAUUUUAUUAAGUAAGGAGUUGGAGAACCUGAAAUAUCUUCUUCAGGAAGUUCAGACUGAAAAUAACCAGCUGAGAAAUGCUAAAGGUGAAAACCAGGCUCAAAUUGAGGAACUUCAAAGACAAAAUUCAGAGAAGAAUGACUUGCUCCUAAAGCUUCAGCAGGACAUCCUGCUAAUUGAGGCUAAAAAGAAGCAACUACAUGACGAUUAUGAAAAUGUUUGCAAAGUAAAACACCAGCUUGAAGACAACCUCAAUGAAAGCAGGUCAAAGUUCACAAGUGAGAAGGACAAUCUAAUUUUAGAGAGAGAUUCUGCAAGAAAUGCCAAAAAAUCUCUUGAUGCCAAGAAUGCAGAGUUGCAGGCAAAACUUAAGUCCUUGAACUUAGAAAAAGAAGAUCUUACAAUGAAGAACACCCAGCUGCAGGCCCUUACAGAAACACUGACAAAUGAGAAGGUGGAGAUGUCUUCUGAAAUCAGUGCUGUCGUGUUAGCUAAAACGAGCCUUGAGACAGUGAAGGAAGAGCUCCAGGAGAAACUCAGUGUUACCAAGAAAGAUUUAGAGAGCUCUGUUCGUCAAUGUGAUGAACUUAAAGCCUCCAAAAUGAGCCUGGCCCAAAUGCUGGAAGAGUUCAAGACAAGCAGUCAGGUCACUGAUUCUGAGAGGCUUCACCUUCUGCAGGAGAAAGAAGCCUUACUUGCAAUCCAAAGAAAAGUCUGUAAUGAGAAGGAAGAGCUCCUUGGAGAGAUAGACGAAUUAAAAGAGAAGCUUACACACUCAACAGAACAACUUUCGAAGUCCAAUGAGAAAUUUAAAGAAGCAUUAUCAUCUUUUGAGCAAGAAAAGCAAGCAUUUCGCAUUCAGAACUCUGAAAUUGAGAUGGCUCUACAUGUUUUACGCAAAGAAAAGAUGAGCCUGGAUUCAGCACUAGAGCAGCAGAAGAUGGAUUAUGAGCGAUUGGCAGGGGAGAAGGGAGAAUUGGAAGAGAAGCACACAAAAACCAUAUCUGAGACUAAUGCUCUUUAUCUUGAGCGCGAUAAGCUAGCUAGUGAUAUCCGAACAAAUAAGGACCAGUUGGAUAGUUACUCCAGAGCUAAUGACAGCUUUACUCAAGAGAAAACUCAUUUAACAGCAAUGCUAGAGGAAACCAAACGCCAGAAAGACAACGUUGAAGCAGAGAUGGCCUCUUUGAAACAAGAAAAGGCUGACCUACAAAAUGAACUGCAGAAACAUAACUCUGAUAUUGAAAUUCUUGAAAAGGGCAAAAUCCAACUUGUUCAAGAGCACAGUAAACAAAAAAUGGAGUUUGAGAAGGCUAAUUCAGAGCUUGUUCAACAGGUUGAUAAUCUUACCAAAGAUUGUCAGCGUCUGCAAUUGUUGCAGUCUGAAGCUGACAACAAAGCACAGUCCUUGCAGAAAGAGAACCAGAGUCUGCUUCAGGAGAUCCAAGAGUUAAAAUGUCAGACUGACUCAAUAACAGGGGCAAAGCACCUUCUUGAGAUCCAGCUACAGGCGGAGUCCAGUGAUCGGAAUAAAGCAAUAUCUGACAAGGAUGGUCUCUCCAAACAAAUCCAGGAGCUGCAGAAAUCGUUGUCAAACGUUUCACAAGAAAAUAAAGAGAUUUCUUCUAGCCUUACAAAUGCUAAUGAACAAAAUAAGUCUUUUAUGGUGGAUAUUGAGGCUUUGAAAAUGCAAUUGAAGCAGCGAGAGCAAGAAACUAUUCAAUUGAUGGAAGAUAAAAAACAGCUAUUAUCUAAGCUUGAGGAUAUAGGCAAGCAGAUGACCGUCCUGAUCACAGAGAAGGACAACCUUUUAGCUGGACAGUGUAAACUGGAGCAGACCAUUUCUUCUCUCCAUACAAGCAAAGAAAAUUGGCAUACCGAACAGUCAAAACUCCUUGGAGAGAUAGAUAAGUUGCUCGCUAGCCAGACAAAACUAGAGGCUGCUGUCAAGGACCUACAAAUGGAAAAAGAAGUUUUGGAGAAGCAGUGCAAGAAUGCUGGUGCGGAGUUGUCAGCUUCUGCCGUUGUGAAAGAAGAGAUUUCCUCCAGCAUCUCAAAUCUAACCGCUCAGAAGGAUGCCCUGCAGGUGGAGAGAGAUGAAGCCACCCAGAAAAUCAGGCAGCUGGAGUCUCAACUAAAAAAUGCCAUUUCUAAGCAGCUUGAGGCUACAGAAGCCUCUGGCAAGACUGCUGAGGCUCUGGAACAGCUGACGAAAGAGAAGGCCACUUUGAUGCAGGAGAAGAACGAAGCCCAAUCUCUAUUGAAAGAGCUCCUCAGCGCCAAGCAGAAGAUUGAGACACAGCUAAAAGCAUUGAAAACAGAUAAUUCCAAGUACCAGGAAGAUCUGAAUGUAUCCAAAGAGCAGCUUUGCAUAGAAACUCAAAGGACGGAGACUCUGUGCCAGGAAAUUGAGGAGCUUAAAGAAGCUGUUACUGUGAAGACACAGUCCCUGCAGAUGCUGCAAGAUGAGAACAACAAGCUGACUCUGGAGCUUGAUAGCAGUCACAAAGAUCAGAGCGAACUUGUGAAGCUCAAGGAUGAGUACUCAAAACUCAAAAAACAUUUGAAGCAAAGCCUGCCAAAUAAUGCGUUCAGUGAAAGCAGCUUGAAGGAGCAGUUUGAGAAGGAGAAGGCUGCCCUCCAACAGUCCAUCCAUAAAAACAGUGCCUUAAUUUCAGAAAAGGACCAGCAGGUGAAAAAGCUGACGAGCGAGCUGGUUGAACUGCAUGGGGAAAGUGCCUCAGUUGAGACACUGCAGGGUAAAAUUCAGGACUUGGAGCGGGACAAGGCCAAUCUACAGGGCCGUGUUGAGAGACUGGAGAAGGACCUGGCUGCAGGACCUGACACCAACAAGUCUUUAGGUGAUGCAGUUUUGGACCAAUCAAGGGAGGAUAAGGAGACCGCGGAGAGUCAGGCAGCGAUUGAGUUCCUGAAUUCAGUCAUUGUUGACCUCCAGAGGAAGAAUGAGGAACUCAAGGACAAAUUGGAAAAAAUGGCGGCUGCUGCUCUCAAUGGGAAUAAUCCAAGUGAGCUAGAUAACUAUGACAGCCAUGACAAGGAACCCGUGAAGAAGAAGGCUCCUCCCAGGCUGUUCUGUGACAUCUGCGACUGCUUCGACCUCCAUGACACUGAGGACUGUCCCACACAAAUGCAGAUGCCCGACUCCCCUCCACACACCACCUACCACGGCAAUAAGGGCGAAGAACGGUCCUACUGCGAUAUCUGUGAGGUCUUUGGCCACUGGACCGACUCCUGUAAUGAUGACCAGACCUUUUAAGCCUUUUUCCACCCUUGUUCGCACAAUCAGUAUAUUUGCACAUCAUGUUAGAUUACGCCGUGCUUUUAAAGUCUUGGUUUGUAUGCGUGCAUUUCGUGUGCUUGUUUUUGCCAAGUGUCUUUAUUGUCCAUGCCAGUCCAUAAGGGCUUUUAUGGGAGAAUGGUCUCCUCACAAUCUCUUUCCAAAAAUUCACACAUCCAAAAAAAACAAAAAACAUUUCAAAUUAGAAGUUUACAAUUUGUAAUUGUAAAUUACUUUGGAGCAAAAACGUUUGAUAUCCUGGGUUUGUGUGAAUGAGGAGAUCCUGUAGGUGGAUGUAUUAUUGUGGGAGAAGCGAUGAUCUUCACAUAUUUUAAUUUAUCAAUAUCCUCAGUGUUUGCACGGCGUGUUGGGAAGACACAAAGAUAAUAUAGUAUCAUGAAAGGUGUUUUAUUUGAAAAUGUAAAUUACUUGAUUGAAAAGAAAUAUCAGUUUGCGCAAACAAUUGGUGAGCUAUAGUUUAUUUUUUUAUGCUUGGAAAUACUACAGUAUGUACUUAAAGGUUUGACGAUAGGUGUGUAAUUUUGUGAAGAGUAAUCGCAGGGGAGAGAUUUUCUCACUCUUGCCUGGAGUAGAGCAGUGAAACCCAGGGCUGUUUGGCGUUAGGAACUUUUUUUAUGGUCUUCAUAAAUGAACUGAUGGGUGAUUGUU